CACACGUGCGCGCUGGGCCCCCCUUCAUCCGAAGAUAAGCUCUGGAUUUCCGAAAACGUUAGCUCCUUCUACCUUCUUCUCCAUUUUGGUGAACUAUCAGCUCUGAGCUAGCCAUGGCGGCCACCGCAACCUUCAAUCUGAUAGGCUCCUUCAAGGGCCUCUCACUCUCAUCCAGCUCUUCCUCGUCGUCUUAUUCUGCUUUCUUCAAUGGCGGAUUCGCUGGCCUGGGGCCUCAGAACUCCGUGUCCCUGCCGCGAAAGGGCGCGUUCCAAUUGACGAUUGAAAUGGCUCACAAGAAGGGAGCGGGGAGCACCAAGAACGGCCGAGAUUCUCCCGGCCAGCGCCUCGGCGUCAAAAUCUUCGGCGACCAGCUCGCCAAGCCUGGCGCAAUCAUCAUCCGCCAGCGCGGGACCAAGUUCCAUCCAGGAAACAAUGUGGGAAUGGGGAAGGAUCAUACCAUCUUCGCGCUGAUCGAUGGCCUCGUCAAGUUCGAGAAGUACGGUCCUGACAGGAAGAAGGUGAGUGUGUACCCACGAGAAAUUGUGCCGGAGAACCCCAACAGCUAUCGAGCAAGGAAGCGAGAGCAGUUCAGGCUGCAGCGCGAGAAGAAGAAGGCCAAGAAGGAAGGCAGAACCUUUGCACGGCCGGAGCCACAAUUGGUUCUUGCUUCCAAUGUUGAUGCGGCAGAAGACAACCCUGUCUGCUGAUCAAGUUGUACCGUCCAAUGUCAAUUGUGUGAAUGUAAACAGCUCAGUCAACACUUUUGUUAUUGCUUUUGAUCGUUUGUAAUUUAACUGUUUCGUUGAUUCAAUUGGGAGUACACAGUUUUACUGCAUUCUAUUUCUAUGUAAUGUGACGUACUUGUUUGGCUGAUUCGCUUUGGAGAAUACACAGUUUUACAGCUCAGCCAACACUUUUGUUAUUGCUUUUGAUCCUAUGUAAUCUAACUGUUUCGCUGAUUCAAUUGGGAGUACACAGAUUUAUUGCAUCCUAUGUUACGUAAUUGUUUGGCUGAUUCGCUUGGGAGAAUACACAGAUUUACUGCGCUUUUACUGUAAUGAAAUUGAUUGGCUGAUCGGCAGAUUUACUGUGCUUAAACAAAAAGAAAUAGCUAGAUAGGUACUCAAAUGGUGAGAUUAAUUCCAAGAGAAAAGUAAUUCUACAUCAAAGCAUAAAUUCAAGUCUGACAAAUCUUAAACAUGUUGAACAAUAACUGAAGAGUACAUUCAAAACUAUCUCGUUUACUUUUCCUAAACUUUUGAGUCGUUCUCAUCUCUAGGAUGCUGCAGCCAGUAUACAGAGGAAUGACCAGACAAACCAACCACUUCUCAAGCAACUGCUCCAUGCCUCCCAACACCACCUGCACAAAUUAUGUGUUUCAAUCAAUCUAUUAAUCUGAAAGCGCUGAUUUAAGAAGAAAUUUGUUCAACAACAAAUAGCAGUUUGAUUGAACUUGCAGAAGUGGAUAGGGGAAAACUAAUGAAGGCAAUUCACAUGCAUCCGUAACCAAAGAGAAACAAGAUUAUCGCCCAGCACAAUUCAUUUCCUCCAGUUACCACCAACCAUUGGGAAUGGGUAUUGGAGCAGAAUUGAGCUAAACUCUUGGAAGAAAGGCUGAGAACUACAGCCUAACUUUAAGCUAGUAGCCAAAUCAAACCAGAUCCGACCAUGAUGGUAUCGAUGCGGAUAUAACCUAAUCCGAAAUCUAAACACCCCAAUUGAUCACUAAGUCACAGCAGUGUUUGGCAGAACUAGCCAAAGAGGGGGAGGAAAUACAAACAAACACAAUGCCCCAUGCAUCCAUCCAAACCCAAAGACAACAACAAACAAGAAAAUGCAACCUUGAUGGUAUUAAUGCGGAUAUUCCCUAAUCCGAAAUCUAAAACCCCAAUUGAUCUGCAAUCGCAGCAGUGUUUGGCUGAAGUAGCCAAAGAGGGGGAGGAAAUGUUGGACUGAAUCUCCACUGUCAACAAAUCCUAGCUGCACAAGGAUUGGAGGGGCGCCAAGAAUUAAGUAAGGUUAAAUUAAGUGAGUCUGUGAAAUAAGGGAAACUGUGUCGUUUGCAGGAUUACCAAGUCAGUACCUUAUGUUUGAGUAAUUGUCAGUCUAAGAGUAGUAAUUAGCAGUUUGGUAAUCUGUGUGUCGAGUUGAUGUUUAGCAGUUCAUGAAUCCUCAGUUUCAGGGUAGUGGGGAAUGGUAGCAGCCAACUGUCGUGGCUUGCACCUCAUGUAUAUAUUUAGCAGUUGCUCAUUCAAUAAGAACUGUCAGAUUGC